AUGCGGGCAUUACAACCAGACUGGCAUUCUUUAAGAGAUGGUACACGAAGAUUGGGCGGACGGGUUCAUACGCUGGAUGGAACCCAUCCACCUCUAUUUGCCACUUCAUUGCAGCCUAUCAAUCUUCAGCUGAGAGAAGCGGCUGAGAGAGGGAAGAGGGGAAUAAAGCUAGUAAGCUUGGCUGAAGAGACGUCUGAUGUUCUCACCGAUCCCUGCUAA